AUGUUUUCUCGUUUCAACUCCAGAAGAUCCACCGUGCACUCCACCAAGGGCAUGGUGGCUCUGACACAGCCAUUGGCUAACGCUGCAGGGAUCAGAAUAUUGGAAAAAGGCGGCAAUUGCGUGGAUGCCUCGGUAGCGGUUCUGGCGGUUUUGUGUGUUGUUGAACCUACCUCCACAGGCGUGGGAGGCGAUUGUUUUGUGCUUUAUUAUGAUAAAGAGAAAAAGGAGGUCCAGGGCUUGUCGGGCCACGGAAAGCUGCCCCAGAAACUCAACAUUGACGUUGUUAGACAAACAGAGCCAGACGUGAAAGGACCCCGUUUGCCUUUGACAAGUGUCCAUUCCGUGACCGUGCCUGGCGCCAUUUGCGGGUGGCUCGAUGCUGUGGAGAAGUGGGGGUCCGGCAACGUCACGUUGUUGGAUAUCUUCCAGCCGGCGAUCGACUUGGCCCAGGGUGGAUUCGCUGUUUCAGCAGUGGCAGCCAAAAUGUGGGCCAAUGCGCUGAAGAAGUUGAUCCAGCAGAGCGGAAAGAACGCCGAUACGUUUUUGAACGCCGACGGGCUGUUUUGCAAGGAAGGCGAUUUCUUCAAGAACGAGCCAUUGGCGAACUUGUUCUUGAAGGUGGCCAAGGAGGGCAAGAAGGGGUUCUACGAGGGCGACGUGGCCGAGCAGAUCGUGAAGAAGCUUCAGGAGAAGGGCGGCGUUAUGGAGCUCGAGGAUUUGGCCAAUCACAAGUCCCAGGAGGUGGAGCUUUUGAACAUGGAGUUCGAGGGCAAGUACCUCUGGGAAAUUCCGCCCAGUGGACAAGGAAUUGUGGCGCUUUUGGCUUUAGGCUACAUUAAGGAGCUCGCCAAGGCCCAGCACAUAGAUUUGCGUGCCCUCAAGCACAAUUCGGCCGAGUACUUGCAUUUCGUCACCGAGGCUGUCAAACUCGCUUUCUACGACUCCGAAGAGCUUGUGGCCGAUCUCGAGUUUCACCCUGAAAUCGACGUUAAAAAGGCUCUUACCGAGGAGGCGCUUGAAACCAGGUCCCGGUUGAUCAAGAAAGACGCUGUUUUGCAGCGUGAGCAGAUUGAAGGAGAACAUGUCAAAGGUCCAGUGCCUAACCCAAUGUACAAAGCCGACACGGUCUACUUUACGGUCACCGACAAGGACGGCAAUGCGUGUUCUUUCAUCAACUCUGUUUUCACCUCCUUUGGAACAGGCAUUAUUCCAGACAAGUACGGAUUUGCACUCCAGAGCCGUGGUGGUAACUUCAACUUGUCGCCAGGUGCCAUCAACAGUUUAGAAGGCGGAAAGAGACCAUACCACACAAUCAUCCCCUCGCUCAUUACAGAACUCACCAACUCUCAGCACGAGCUCUACGCUUCGGUCGCUUGUAUGGGAGGAUGGGCCCAACCACAGGCUCACGUUCAGAUCAUGUUGAAUAUGAUUCUUUUCGGUCAUGAUGCCCAGGAGGCAAUGGAUGCACCACGUUUCUGUCUUGAGCCCAAUGAGGAGCACAGACACUUGGAUGUUGGUAAAGGCUCGUGGGGACCUGUUUCAACGCCACAUACUCUUGUGAAGCUUGAGGAAGGCAUUGACAAGGAAGUCGUGGAGGAAUUGCGUCAAAUGGGACAUUGUGUGGAGCAUGUCACUGGGUGGGACAGAUUUGUGUUUGGACGUUCCCAGUGCAUCAAGAACAUUUCUAGAGAUGGUAGAGUUGUGUGGUCUGGAGGUUCUGAUCCUAGAGCCGACGGUGCUGCCACGCCUCAGAUCUAG